AUGCGCGCGAGGAUGCGGAGCGAUGGGUGGCGGCUGAUCGCCAUUCCACUCUUCCCCAAUCCGUUUGACAUGGACCACUACACCUUCACCAAGCUGUCGCUCUGGUCCCUCAUCGACUAUCAUCGCAUCGUCUUUCUGGAUGCCGAUUGUAUUGUGCGCACAAACAUCGACGAAGUGUUUCAGUGUGGCGAAGUCCUGUGCGCCGGCAUGGGGAGACAUGAGUCGCGUAAGUUCGACUUUGACUUCGGCCUGUUGGUGCUCCAUCCCUCAAAACCGCUCUUCCAACAGAUGCUCAGCACUGCGGAGCAGAUAGCCAAGACCAGGCCGGAAACCGAGUUCAACUUCAUGAACACUCUCUUCAUGCACUGGUGCCAGCACGGCACUCACCCGGGUUCUGCGCCGGAACCUGAUGAUCUGCGCUACGAGCCGCCGCGCUGGGAGCCCACUUCGAAGGCCAAGGGCCGCUGCUUUCAACUCGAUGAGCGCUACAACUGGCAGUGGGGCUCGGAUUCCAACGACACCCUUCUCGGCACCGAGGAAGGCGGAUCCGAGUAUCAGCCCAGCGUGCGCGUGGUCCACUUCGCGGGCAAGAACGUCAAGCCGUGGGUGUGGAAGAACUACCCGCUCCACGGCUGGAUCGCCCUUUGGCACUCCUACGCGAGUCAGGUCACUGGCUUGGUCCCCGUGUCGUGGUACGCACUUCACUUGGGAGUACCGCUUGUCGUCCUGCUGGUAGUCUUCUCCGUCUCCGCCAGCCGCGUCUUGGAGACUCGCUACUCGAAGCGCAUGAUCGCCUCCGCUGGAGGGCGGCCCUGGACCUUGUGUCUGCCUCCCGUUUUCUCCAAGCACCUCUCGAUCUGGCUGUUCGGCGCUGUCCCGCUGCUCGGCAUCCCCGCCGCGCUCUAUCGCUGGGACGUGCUCCUGCCCACGGCCCUGUCCCCGCUCAUCGGGUGGUCCCUGUUCUUUGCCUGGACGGCGAUGCUCUACUGGGCGGUCUACGGUCCCUACGUGCUCUACCACUACAUGCUCGGCUGCGCCUUCGCCUCCCCAGCCGGCGCGGUUUCGUCGCAGCUGACCAAGCGCAAGAUGGGCGCGCAGCUGGAGUGGCUCCGGAGCACCCCCUGCUUCAUCCCGCGGCAGACAUCGGUCAUCACGGCCUGCCUCCUGCACUCCCUCGGCUUCGCCGUCCUGGGCAACAUCCUCAUCCUCGUGCUGGCCUCCUUCUUCGCCUGGUCCUCGCCGCUCUCGCACACCACCUUCGCUUGCGCCUACAGCGCCGUCGUGUUCAUCCUCUUCUUCGCCCUGUGGGGUGCCGGCCUGCCCCGCCACGCGUUUCUGACGGGCUUCCGGCUCAUUGCACCACCUGACGGGCAAUCUGCUCUCACCACCAGCCUCGCGCGAGCCGAAGCCGGCGCCGCGUCCAGCAAGAACGAUUGA